AUGGCAAAGGAUAAGAAGAAAGAUGGCAAGAAGGCAGAAAAACCUGUACGUCCUCCUAUUCCUGCACAAGAUACUACAGCUGAGAAUAGUUCAACACAGCUGACAGAUUUGCAGACUUUGGUGAAUGGAGUGGAAGAAACACAAGGAAAUCCAGUGAUAUCAAAUAAAGAACCAGAGGAGGUAGAGAAACCUCCAGUCCAAGAUGUUCCUCAAUACUACGAGGAGCCUGUUCUUACUCAAGUUAUUGUAAAAAGCUACGAAGGUGAAAAAGUCCAUGGAUUGUAUGAGGGUGAAGGAUUUGCAUAUUUUGAGGGGGGAAAUACAUAUAAGGGCAUGUUUUCUGAAGGGCUUAUGCAUGGACAAGGGACUUACGUGUGGGCUGAUGGAGUGAAGUACGAGGGAACAUUUGUUAAGAAUGUGCAGAUGUUUAAUGGCCGUUAUACAUGGAAUGAUGGCAGCGUUUAUGAAGGAUCAAUUAAGAAUGGAGUUAGGCAUGGAUUUGGAUUUUUCAGGAGUGGUACUCAUCCUGUUUCUUACAUUGGCUAUUGGUGUAAAGGCAAAAGACAUGGAAAGGGUACCAUUUAUUAUGAUCGGGAUCAUACCUCUUGGUAUUCAGGCGACUGGGUAAAUAAUGUCAAAGAAGGAUGGGGAAUGAGAUGCUAUAAGUCUGGAAAUAUCUAUGAAGGUCAGUGGGAGAAAAAUGUACGUCAUGGAAAAGGAAGAAUGAGAUGGUUGACAGCUAAUCAAGAGUAUAUGGGGCAGUGGGUGUACGGCAUACAGCAUGGAUAUGGCACCCACAUAUGGUUUUUGAAAAGAAUGCCUGCGUCUCAGUAUCCCUUAAGGAAUGAAUACAUAGGUGACUUUGUAAAUGGGGAACGACAUGGACAUGGGAAGUUCAUAUAUGCCAGUGGAGCAGUGUAUGAUGGUGAAUGGGUUUGUAAUAAGAAGCAUGGCAAGGGCAAGUUUGUCUUCAAGAAUGGUCAUGUUUAUGAAGGAGAGUUCAUAGAUGAUCAUAGAGUAGAAGAUCCUGCUUUUCGAGUGGAUGCAAUGAAUGCAAAAGAGCUGAAUGCCAUUUGCACAGGAAGUCAUUUUGGCACUGAAAAUGUCACAAUCAUUAAUGGCUCAGAAAAUACUUCUAUUCUGGGAUCAAAUAUUGAGUUGGAUAUAUCUUCACUGCUUGACUUGUUGCCAAGGGAAGAGAGACCUGAAGAAGUGAAACAAGUAGAAUUUGCUGUGUUGAGGCACAUUACAGAACUGAGAAGAGUUUACACCUUCUACAGCGGCUUAGGCUGUGAACAUUCUCUUGAUAACACCUUCCUCAUGACUAAGCUCCAAUUUUGGAGAUUUCUGAAGGACUGCCAGUUUCAUCACUCCAACGUAACUCUUGCUGAAAUGGAUCGGAUAUUGAGUGGUGAUAAAACACCACUUGAAGAGAUUCAUUGUCCACAUGAGACUUUACUGUUCAGAACAUUUUUAUCUUACCUUGUUCGUCUAGCAUUUCAUAUCUAUCAUGAAGAGCACAAAGAGAAAGGUCCUUAUCUGCAUAAGUGUUUCUUAGAAAUGAUGUCCAGGAAUGUGAUUCCUGCUGCCUGUUGUAUCCGAGGUAUCCUAUUUUCUGAAAAACAAUGUACAGUUUUUGCUAUGAGCUACAUUGACAAAUGCUGGGAAAUAUACAGAGCUUUUCUUAGACCAAGUACCAGACCUCCAUUUGAACCCACAAUGAAAAUGAGGCACUUCCUUUGGAUGUUGAAUGAUUUUAAACUUCUCAGUAAACAAUUAACUGCUUCAAGAAUUGUGGAAGUACUUGUCAAAGAUGGUCCCUCUCUACAUGAUAGCAGUAGUACCAACCUGGAGCAGGAGUUGGUUUUUCUUGAAUUUGUUGAAGCUCUUCUUCAUUGUGCAUUGGUGUAUGUUACCAGUGAUAUGAUUAAGGAGCAAGUAGAUCAUGAUCAUCAGAAAAGAAUUAGCUUUAGAACCAAGGGUCUCUCCGAGGGAACCACAAAUGUGUCUCUGUACCCAGAAUAUUGUUUGUCCCAGUACACUUACAGCAGAAGUACAAUUGAUACGCACAUGAACGAUGACAUUUCCGAGGCAGCUGAGCUUUACGCUUGUUCAUCAUUGUCUCCAAGCAAAAAUGUCAUAUCACAAGAUGAAAUAAAGAAACAUGAGCCACUGAGACCUUGUGAAGACAGAGGGCAUCCUCUUCAAGAAUUUCUACUGGAUACUGUCCUCUCAUUUCACACAACUCACGGAGAUAUCAAAGAUGUUCUGUCAUUUUUCAGCUGGGAUGCAGAAAAAGAACAAGAUUUCUGUCCACCAAACGAAUUGACAGAUGAACCAAAAGAAGCCAAAACUGAACAAGAUGAGGAAUUUAGUCUGUGGAUGUGUCAGGUGCGAAUCUUUUUUACAACUAAGUUUUUUCCUGCCUACCAGCAUGAAAAAGUGCUGAGUGAAAAAAUAAAAGAAAAUCGAAUACAGGAUGCUGAAUUAGCUGAGCUGAGAAAGAUCAAGGAUGAGGAGUUGGCAAAACUUAUUGCUGGAAGAGAAGCAGAAGAGGCAAAAAAGCAAGAAGCAGGUGCAGCAGAAAGAACAUUUGACUCCAAGAGUGCAGAUUUUAAGGAGUUAGAGGAGCCUGUCACACACUUAGUACCCCCUCCGAAGGAAGAGGCACCCUUUGUAGUACCCCCAGUUGUUACCAAGGUGCCUGCUGGCAAAAAGAGAAAGAAGAAAUAAAUCUUCUGAUGAGAACUACUGAAGCUUCAAAGGUCAAGUUUUACAUUGCACCAACUACUGUGUGACCCUCUGGAAUGAACUGUGUGUGGAAUAUGUACUCAAAAUACAUGUACUCCUCCCAAACAUUUUCCCCUUGAGGAAGAAGCAGUAGAUGGUGACAGUAAACA